CCUGGACGAAGGAGAAGCCACUGCUGCCAUGGUGCAGACCCUGCAGAUGGAGAUUCCAAACUUUGGCAACAGCAUCCUUGAGUGCCUCAAUGAGCAGCGGCUACAGGGACUGGACUGUGAUGUAUCAGUGGUGGUUAAGGGCCAUGCCUUUAAAGCCCACCGUGCUGUGCUGGCCGCCAGCAGCUCCUACUUCCGGGACUUAUUCAACAGCAGCCGCGUUGCUGUGGUAGAAUUGCCGGCUGCUGUGCAGCCACAGUCAUUCCAGCAGCUCCUCGCAUUUUGCUAUACAGGCCGGCUGCGCAUGAACAUGGGGGACCAGUUCCUACUCAUCUAUACAGCUGGCUUCCUGCAGAUCCAGGAGAUCAUGGAGAAAGGCACUGAGUUCUUCCUCAAAGUUAGCUCUCCAAGCUGUGACUCCCAGGGCCUGCACCCAGAGGAGGCCCCAUCCUCAGAGCCUCAGAGUCCCGAAGUGCAGACAUUGGGUUGGCCGGCCUGUAGCACGCCACUGCCCCUUGUGUCACGAGUUAAGACAGAACAGGAGCUGGACUCUGUGCAGUGCACACCCAUGGCCAAGAGGCUGCGGCAUAGCAGCCAGAAGGAAGCAGGAGGCAGUGAUGGCAACAGUGGCAGCUGCAAGAUGGCCAAGUUCUCCACGCCAGACCUGGCCCCUAACCGGAUGCCCCAGCCUGUCUCAGUGGCCACAGCUACAGCAGCAGUGGCUGUGGUUGCAGUGGGGGGAUGUUGUGUGAGUGGGCCCAGCAUGUCAGAGCGGACCAGCCCAGGCACCUCCAGUGCUUACACUAGUGACAGCCCUGGCUCCUAUCACAAUGAAGGAGACGAGGAAGAAGAGGCGGGUGAGGAGGGCACAGAUGAGCAGUACCAUCAGACCUGCAAUAUGUGCACCGUGGACAGUAUGUUGAACAUUGGCCAGACAGCUGAGAAGGUAGAAGCCUUCCCUGAGCAGGUGGUCCUCGAGUCCCACAGUCGCAUUUGAGUGCGGCAAGACCUGGCCUCUCUCCCAGCUGAACUUAUCAACCAGAUGGGUAGUCGCUGCCACCCAAAGCUCUACGAUGAAGGUGACCCGUCAGAGAAGCUGGAGCUCGUGACAGGCACCAAUAUAUACAUCACAAGGGCACAGCUCACGAACUGCCACGUCAGUGCAGGCACGCGGCACAAGGUCUUGCUGUGGCGGUUCCUGGCUUCCUUCUUUGACCGGAACACACUGGCCAAUAGCUGUGGCACUGGCAUCUGUUCUUCCACCAAUGACCCUAGACGCAGGCCACUGGACAGUCGUGUCCUCCAUGCUGUCAAGUACUACUGCCAGAACUUUGCCCCCAACUUCAAGGAGAGUGAGAUGAAUGCCAUUGCAGCCGACAUGUGCACCGAUGUCCACCGAGUAGUACGUAAAAGCUGGCUGCCCAAGACCAAGCCACUGCACCUGGUGGAGGGUGAUAGCUACAGCAGCUUCAUCAGCGACACUGGCAAGAUAGAACCGGACAUGAUGAGCAUAGAACACAGCUUCGAGACAGCCAGCCAUGAUGGUGAGGCUGGCCCUUCAGCUGAGGUUCUCCAGUAACAUAUGUGACACCCCUUUCACAGGAUGUCACACUCCCCCUCCUAUCACACCCCCCCCCACCUACCACCUGGUCACGAUCUACUGUUUGUCCCUCCCCAGGACCUGAGAGGGGGUGCUCCGUGCCCUCUAUCCAGAUGCAAGAGCUGGCUGACCAAGGCCAAGCCACUGUACCUAGCAGAGGGCAACGCCUACAGCAGCUUUCUCAGUGACAGUGAAAAAGAGCAGAAUAUGGCAGAACAUAGAAUACAGCUUCCAGACAGACACCCCCCUCAGCAGAGGUCCUC